AUGUCCAUCGCACAGUGCAUGCCUUCCGAGCUUAUUGUACACAUUCUCAAAUACCUCACUCAUCCAACCGAUCUCUCAAGUUCAGCGCUCACAUGCAAGUCAUGGAGUCUACAUGCUCUGGAACUACUUUGGUACAAGCCCAAUUUUGUACAAGCAUCUGCGUGGGUCACUUUCUGCAACGUUCUCAGUGAGACGAGGCCGACGUUGUUUCCAUAUACACACUACAUUCGGCGCAUCAAUCUAUCGUUGCUUGCAUCUGAAGUGAAGGAUUCCCACCUUACAGCACUCAGCGUAUGCGAACGGCUUGAGCGAGUGACGUUGACCAACUGCUCCAAUUUAACCGACAAAGGGAUUAUGGAUUUCCUUGGGACCAAGCCGAGGAAGCAUUUGGUAUCAGUGGAUCUUAGCGAUGUUACCAGUGUUACGGAUGCCAGCAUCAAGAGGAUAGCCGAGACAUGUCCACAUCUUCAAGGAUUGAAUUUAAGCAUGUGCAAGGAAGGAUUGGAACCAUUUGUGGGUGUGACAGACUCGAGUGUGAUCAUGCUUGCUCAGCGAUGCACCGGUCUACGACGGAUCAAGCUAAACAACUGUGUCAAUAUCACCGAUGCAUCAGCCAUUGCCCUUGCAGAACAUUGUCCAGCUCUUCUUGAAAUCGACUUGAUGAAUUGUGCUGUCACCAACAAGGCUCUUUAUUCCAUAUUCGAGCGGAGCCAUGAGUUGCGUGAAUUUCGUCUCAAUCAAUGCGCCCUGAUUACUGAUAACGGUUUCACACAAUCGGCAUUGGCAAUGCCACCACCACGUACAUCAUCACCAGGACAUCACUAUUAUGAUCAACUUCGUAUCCUCGACUUGACAGCAAUCUAUUCCAUCACCGAUGAAGCUGUAAGGUUGAUCGUAUCCGUGGCUCCCAAAAUACGUAAUUUGGUUCUCAACAAGUGCCUCAACAUUACCGAUGAAAGUGUGCUCGCCAUUUGUCAUCUGGGUCGAUAUUUGCAUUAUCUUCAUUUGGGUCGUUGCCAUCGUUUAACCGAUUUUUCAAUUGCACAAUUGGCACGUCAUUGCACUCGUAUUCGAUAUCUCGAUCUCGCCUAUUGCGAAGAACUCACCGAUCGCUCCGUAAUUGAACUUGCUGCACUACCAAAGUUGAAGCGGAUUGGAUUAGUAAAAUGUACCAACAUCACCGAUGAGGCCAUAUUUGCAUUGACAAACCAGCCACGAAUCGCCAAUUCGCUUGAAAGAGUCCAUCUCAGCUACUGCACAAAUUUGACGAUGCCUGCCAUUAUGCAAUUGGUCAACUUUUGCGAUAAACUGACGCAUCUCAGUCUCACCCAUGUGCCUGCAUUUAUACGGCCUGAUCUACAACAAUUCCGUCGUGCACCACCCAAAGAUUUCACACCACAACAAAGAGAGGUCUUUUGUGUAUUUACUGGAAGAGGGGUACGUGAGCUACGAGAUUACUUUAACAGCAUGCCGCCAGAAGCAUUUGACGUACCAGCACCCAUGACAACUCAACAACAAGCUGCGUUACAUCAUCAUCAUCAUCACCAACACUACCACCAUCACCAACAACAACAACAACGACAACCACAAAGGCGCCUACAACAGGUCCAGGUGAUACAGCAAAACCAACAAAGAAUACUCUACGGCAGAGGCACACUCGAUACCCUAUCAAGUACUUUCCAUUCAACUAUUCCCAUUGCACCAGUAAGACCCACCGAGGCAACCAUUCCCGCUCCUGUACAACCUGGCGAUCAGCAUCAGAGACUCGCAGAUCAUGAGACGGAUGAUAUCGAUGUAUUAUGA